AUGGCUGAACCUUCCACCACAACUAACCCAUGGGUGUCUGUCGUUUCAGAUAAUCAAGCCUGUUUUGAGUGUGGGAUUACUGGUCAUAUCAAUAGGAACUUCCCGAAGCUGAGGAAGGAUGGAGGAAAUGCUCGGGGAAGAGUGUUUGUGAUUGGCGCAAGGGAUGCCAUCCAGGAAUCCACUGUUGUGAGAUGUACAUUUCUUGUUAACGGUUUAUACGCAUCUAUAAUAUUUGAUUCUGGUGCUAAAAGAAGCUUUAUUACACCUAAUUUUAGAGAAAUUUUAAACCAUAAGUCUAUGAACCUAGAUGAGCCUUACAUAGUAGAAAUGGCCAACAUAGAAUCUAUUAGUACUCAGGAACUACUAGAAAACUGCUUUCUAACUCUCAACAACCAAACCUUUCACGUCAACCUCAUGCAUAUGAUCAUCGAAGAUUUUGAUGUCAUAAUUGGCAUGGAUUGGUUAUCGCCACACCGAGCCAAGAUCUUAUGCCAUGACAAGACAAUACGAUUACCUUUACCCAAUGGGGAAUCCUUAGUGAUCAACAAAGAUAAGCCAAGCAGAAACCUUUGA